AUGUCCACGCUGCUCGUCGUCUUGAUGCCGCUACGGCUUUGUCAACUGACCAUGAAUCCAAUCGCACUGGGCUCACAUUCAACACGAGUUCGAAUGAACUUUUCACGGGUGAACCGGCAUGCCUGCUGGAACCCGAAGUCACUGAGGGCCCAUACUACGUCGCUGGAGAGCUCAUCCGUUCGGAUAUUCGCGAGAACCAACCGGGCAUCGAUCUGUACAUGGACUUACAGUUCAUCGACGUCAACACCUGCUCACCCGUGA